AUGAGAACCUGGAAUAACACAGAAGUAUCCAACUUCAUCCUUAUGGGGCUGACAGAUUCUGCAGAGAUGCAAUGGGUACUCUCGGUACUUUUUCUAUUAAUUUACCUGAUUACUGUGCUGGGAAACGUAGGCAUGAUCAUGAUAAUUCGCCUAGAUCUCCACCUUCACACACCUAUGUAUUUUUUCCUCACUCACCUCUCAUUCAUUGACCUCAGCUACUCAAGUGUCAUCACACCUAAAACUAUAGUGAACUUACUGACUUCCACCAAGUGUAUUUCAUUCCUGGGCUGUUUCACACAGAUGUACCUCUUCAUCUUAUUUGGUGGUGCGGAAAUUUUUCUCCUCUCUGCCAUGGCCUAUGAUCGCUAUGUGGCUAUCUGCAAUCCUCUACAAUAUCCUAUAAUAAUGUCCCCAAGACGCUGCUGUGCUCUGGUUACUGGUAGUUACAUGAUUGGCUUUGUGGAUUGUUCUUUCAGCGAGCCCUUUGUAGCCAGUUUGCCUUUCUGUAACUCCAAUGUAAUUCUCCACUUUUUCUGUGAUGUAUUUCCAAUUUUAUCUCUGUCCUGCAAUGAUACAUACACCACUGAAAUUGUAAUCUACAUUUGUGCUGGCUCUACACUCUUCCUGUCACUUACCACAAUGUGCUGGUCCUAUGUUUUCAUUUUCUCUACUAUUCUGAAAAUUAAGUCCACCUCAGGAAAGCAGAAAGCCUUCUCCACCUGUGCCUCUCACCUCCUGGGAGUCAGCAUUUUUUAUGGCACGACAACCUUUACUUAUUUAAAACCCAAGCAGUCCUACUCCCUGGGAAAGGAUCAAGUGGCUUCUGUGUUUUACACCAUAGUGAUCCCAAUGCUGAACCCUCUCAUUUAUAGUCUUAGGAACAAAGAAGUGCAAAAUGCUUUCGUUAGAGUUGUGCAGAAGAAACGGAGCUCUUGGCAACUAAGAUGA